AUGCGAAAGACGCGCACACUGAAAGACCUUGUGAGGGUAUGCAAAGAGCUCGGAGACACGAGUGACAAAUCGCAAUUGCUUGAUCGGUGGAAGACGGUGCGCAAGUGUGCUCAUCAUGACAGAUUGCGAUACAUUACACACGAUCUCGUGCUUGAGCUGGAGCAACUCUGUACAGAUCUCAAGACCCAAGGAGGAGCCUCCGGCCAAGUCCGGGAUCUUGCCAGAGAGCGGUAUUGGGAGGCCGAUUCGCCUCUAACAAGCAAAGAAAACCCACUAGAAGAAGAUGCGCCGGUGUCUCACUGGACCCCACUCCAACUCAAAAGCUGGGCUCUUUACUUGGAAUGUCAACUCCUGUUCGCCAGUUUCGGUGUAAGAAUCAGCCUUGUUCAAUACGAACAUCUCUCAAACAAAGGCGAAGAUAAGAUGGCUGCGUCGUUUUGGAUCGCUGUCAUGAAAAGACUCGAUACCCCUGGACGUCAUAAAUACCUGGGCUCUGCUGUGGAUGUUAUCGAUACCUAUUUUGGCGAUGACUGGGACUUAGCAUCAGAAGUCAGUGAUUCAGACGAUUUGGACUCUAAUUUUGACGACGACGACUACGCAUGGUUCGCAGGUUACAGACUCAGCCCAAACGUCGACAUCCCCAUAGCGCGUUUUACAUCACGCGUUUGUCUCGAGUUGAAGCGAAUGGCCCAGGUACCGCGCGGCAAUGUCAGAGCCUUUCCACUUGCUCUCAUAUUGCGCAUGGACGUUUUGGGAAGAGCGCGACUGAACUUGUUCAAGCGAUUCGUGCCGGUCGAUGAGAUAGACGCAUUCCUCCAAAUUCUACUGAGCCAGGAGCCCAGAGCCGAGCCGUAUCCAGAACGCCCGCUGGACUGUGCCCAUGCGUUUCUCUAUCUAAACUAUUUCAUCACGGGUGAAACAUUCGGUAUGAAUGCCCUCCAUUUCCAGGGACCUCUCAUCAAUGCCUUGUUACCACUCGUGUGGCGCGAUUUGCGGCGAGAGUAUCGACGGAAUCUCAACCUGGCUUUUGGUCGACGACUACCAGCUGAACUGUACGAGGAGAUACUAGAUCGCAUCGAAAAUGCGCAUGAUCUUCCCAAGGACCAAGCAGACUGGAAAGAAAAGUUGAAACUGAUGCAAAUCCACUGGGAUCCUUUGUCGAUUAAUGGUCAACCAUUCGAGUUCUGA